CCUUCUCGCGCGGCCGAGGGGAAGUGGCGCUGCGGCGGGUGAGCGGCGGAGUCUUUGCUGGCGCUAACAGCUGGAGGGCAUCACGACUCCGCAUUCCGGCCGUGGGAGGAACUUCUCCGCCGAGGCCACCAUGAACCUGUUGCCGCUGCUGCUGCUGACUCUCCUUCCCCCCUUCUGCCUUGCUGGGAUUUCGGAGAACACAAAGGAAAAUGUCACCCAUACAACUGCUGCCCAUUUAAAUUCUUCAACAGUAAGUAAUUCUUCAACAACAGCAAAGACCAUUACUGUUACUAAUGCCACCCAAAAAUCAACGAAUACCACAACCCAUCCUCCUGCGAUUUCUAAGAUCACAACAGUCACCACCAAGACCAUCACUGCUGCAAAACCUGCGAUAACCAUCCAAACAGUUAAAUCUACACUACCUGCCAGUACAAAGCAUUCACCAACUGAAUCUGGGUCGCACAGUAAGACCAUUGCAGUUCCUGUAACUGGGCCAUCUUCUGCUUUGGUGACAGAAGCUUCAGCAGUUCAAGCCAUCCCAUCGAGGUUCAGUGCCGGCAGCUUCAUUGGUGGCAUUGUGUUGACUCUGGGACUUCUCGCUGUUGGCUAUAUUGGAUGCAGAAUCUACCACACAAAAAGAGGUGUUCAAUAUCGAACCAUUGAUGAACAUGAUGCCAUUAUUUAAAGCCUGCGCUGAAAAGACAGAAAGCAGACAUCCGCACGUGUACUCCUGCUUUUAGGAACACUUUCUCUCUGGGAAACAGGCCUUAAUAAUUUUUUUUUUCAUUAUCUGAUCUGAUAUUGACUGUUUCAUCCCUUUUUUGACAUGCGUUUACCUGCAAAUCUGAGGAACUCCAUAAGGACUGCAUACUUCAGAGUGCCUUCAGUGAAGCAUUUCAAGGAAUUGAUAUUGGCACCUGCUUUUAAUCACUCUCUUUUGAAAACUGUUGAAAUAAACAUUGUAACCACUUGGCUCUUAUCUACAGAAGAUCAGAGAUGACAAGUCCACAACAGAAUACAACUUCAAGUGUUGGGUUCUGAACCUUUUUCUUUCUGACAUGUUUUAAUCUCCAGUCUUUUAAUUCAGGAAGACAAAUCAGACAUUGAUGGACAAAUAAGAGUUCCCUUUCCAAAGAUGUCACAAAAAUAGUAUUUCCAGAUCAUUUGUGUGAGAUGGUGGAAUAUUGUUUCCUUAACAAUCUGGGGAAAUUCAAAUAUUGUAUUUGCCUUGUUGGAUGUUUAAGAUUUUUUUUUUUAACUUUGUGGUUCCAAAAAACAGGUGCAACAGGUAGGAAUGCAAAGGUGGAUUUGAAGCUUUUGAGGUGGUGGAUGUGUUUUAUGCAUUUUAAAACUUGAGAAAUGAAUAGGAUUGUCCCUGCCCGGAAGCAGAUAGAUAUAAAGUAGGCAUCUUCAGACUCUUUUAUAGAAGGGGAGGCCAAAAUCUCCUCCAGUUUGAAAGCAUUCUGGAAUCAUUCAUUUGGGUUCCAUCUAAUGAAAUCUGUUCGAUUUGGAGUCACCAUGUCAAAAAUAAUCCUGCAGAAGGUCAUAUGAGUUAACUCUUAGACAAGGGACAGUGUGACUAAUCAGCUUAAUAUAGAUACUUGUGUAAUUACUACAUUGUAUUUACACUUUCACACGAAAGUAGAGAAGCUGGUUAAGGAAUAAAAAUCCAGAACAUUUCCACCAAUAAUUAUUUAAUCAUAGGCUUUGACUGUUGUGUGUGUUAUCUAAGGGGAAUCAACAAUGGUAGCAACAAAUUAUUCCAUGCUACCCAACAUCCAGAGUAUAUUUCGGAAAUGAAACAAACUUGAAAUUGAGCAGGCAUGGGGAACUUAAACUCCCUUAACUUAAAUAUAUAAAUGUGCUCCACAAAAUUCCUCAUCUGGUUCACUAGAUUCUCAAAGAAGCCCUCACUUGAUUCUCACAAGGAACCCAACAUUUGUUUCAACGAGAUGGGCAGUGACAAGUUAGAUAAAUAAAAAUAAACAAACAAACAAACAUUCAGAGGACAAACAUCCAAGCUCUUCUCCAACCUUCUUGGAGAUGGGAGAUUUUUUUUCCUUCUUCAGAAGACAUAAAAGCAGCCUCCAUUGUUGCCAAUGGAAAGUAUUAUUAACACAAGUUGCUGCAUGGAGGAGGUUUGAAUAGGAAUUUCUGUAAAGGUGGAAAGCCUAACUCUUUCCAAUGUUAUGACCCAUCCCCCCGGUGCAACAUUUUGCCUUACAUCUUUCUUUAAUAACAGCACUAAAACUGAAGUAGUAGAUAAUAAGCCGAAGUUGCUAAUGGAGAGUAAAGGGAUAACUCACCCCACCCCAGAACUACACUUCCAUCAGAAAUCGUUCCUUCUGUUCUUCAGUCAGGUUUUAAGAUAGCCUCCACCAUAAUUGUUUAAAUGGAGUUUGUAUCUCUUUUCUUGCACAUGAGUAAAGUGUGCACCAAGAGAAAGGCCUGUGCAUUCUGGCUAUGACACCUUCUAGUUCACAGAGCCUGCAACUUCCAAAUUACUUCCUGGUUAUAUAUAUAUUGUAUUAGUCAAGUGCCAUUACUCAGAAUUUUUUUAAUGCUAAGGAUUGGGUUUUUGUGUGACAGAUCCCACAACUUGUACCAUCUUUCUUCCACUGGGCAAGCAAGCUUUUUCUAUGAAUGACAAAAGCUGGGGGAAUGGCCAGAUAUAAAAGUAGAAUUUGUACUCUAUUUAUUUGAUCUCUGCUGAGAUUCAGGAACUGUUACCAGAAAGAGAACACUUACUGUAUUGCAUUGUAUUGAUAACUAACUUUCAUUGGGGGUGGGGGAAAUCUGUCUUGUUGGACUAUGGUCUUAGUUCUACCUCCCCUUAGUAUGAUCUUCCUUUCCAUCUCAAGCCCUCAGAAUAAUCAGACUCCUCUUGACCCCUAUACACGACUUGAAUAGGAUCUGCACACAAGCAACUUCUUUGUAGUUUUCUUCUCUGCUGUUUAACUUUACAAGUGUGUUCGGAUGCACGCUUUAAGGUGUUUUCACAACUGCACAAGGUUAAUGAGAUAAAUGUGCCUUUCCCUCUCUUUCUGUGUGUCUGUGUGUUGGUGUAUCAGAAUAAUUAAUGGCCAUGGUACUUGCUUUGCUUGCUAUAAGUUGACUACUAAUUGCACAUCUCUUUAGGACUGCAGUGAUAUAACUGAAGAUGCAGUAGAGAAUGGAGCUGUUGUGAAACGUGUUCCUAACACACAACAAUUUGCAACUUGCAAUUUUUAACCUAUGCUUCUGGUACUGGUUGUCUUCCAAAGGCCAAAUCAUGCAUUACCAAUUUGCCAACUUCUAUAAUGCAGUUUUAUUUUUAUUUUUUUAAAUAAGCAGAAGGCCACAAUAGUUUGCUCAUGUCCUCUCCUCCAUAAUGUGCAAACAAACCUACUGUAAUGCAGUCUCUAUAGGCAAUUUGGGAAGUGAAUUCGUAUUUUUCCCCCAUCUUGAAGUCUUGUAAUGUUUGAUCUGGGUCCAUAUGAACCUGCUUCUGCCCAUUUUCACCAAUGGUUCAUGCAGGAAUGUUACCAUUUUCAAAAUGUCUUGGACUUGCCACUUCAGAAAGAAGGCUAAUUAUUACUUUUUUUUUUUUU